GUUUGCGUACCACACUAUAGACGGUAAAAGUGCAAUUAUUGUGAAGCUUGGUGCUCCAUCUUUUGUUAACCACUUCAAAAUGAGACUCUGGGAUGGGGAUAAUCGCUCUUAUUCGUAUUACAUUUCGGUUUCUCUUGAUCAGAAGAACUGGAAAAGAGUUAUCGACUACAGUCGUAUUAGUUGUCGUUCAGACCAAGUUCUGUUUUUUGAUCAGCAAGUGGUUCAGUACGUAAAAAUCGUAGGAACGCAAAACACGUCCAACAAAGGAUUUCACAUCAUAUCCUUUGAAGCGUAUUUCAAAAAUGACUCACCUACAACCAUGAAUACCAUUAUCUGCCCAAAUUACAAUGUUGCAACUUCAGACAAGAAAGCGAUUGUAAUUAAAGGCUCAACCGUACAACAUAUCAACCAUGCGACUCUUGUUAUAUGAUAACGAUUCCAG